AUGGUCGACACCUCGACCACCACCUCACUCGCGGCCACCGUGCCAAGCCUGUCAUAUGUCCAGAAAAUGUUCAGUCUGACACAAAUCCUGGAUGUCGAGUUCGACACAGUUGCACCUGCUCCACUUCCGCAGGAUCUCAGUAUAUCACCCCGAUCUAUCGUGUGA